CUGCUCUCUCCCCGCCCAUAGGCCAUAAUCUCUCCCCCUCUCUCCUUCUCUCUCCCCUUCUCUCUCAAGCAGGGCACGCAGUUCCAGCGACAGCCUGGCAGGCGAGCUUCUUACAAAAUCUGUGACUAAGCCUCCUCUGUUCCUCUCCACUGUUCUGCCUCCACCUCUAAAGCUUCUUAGAAGGAAUUCCAGAGUUGUUUCUUCACAUCAAUGGCGCCUCUCCUUUGACUCCUUCCCACCUAAUUCCUCUUCAAUCCGACCUUCUAAGUUCUAACACAAAAAGCUUCUUUGUCCGUCAAUAUGCAUUCCAGCUAAUGUUUUGAUUGGCACAUCGAAAGAACUCUGGUGAAGUUCUUCUCAUUUAGAUUUGUACUGGAAAUGGGUUGUGUGCACUCGAGAGUGGAAAAGGAGGAGACGGUGUGGAGAUGCAGAGAAAGGAAAAGGUUUAUGAAGCAGCUCCUUAGUUGCAGAUCCGAGCUCGCAGCUGCUCACAUGGCGUACCUUCAGUCAUUGAGAAACACAGGGGCCACUCUACGGCAGUUCACCGAGGCGGAAUCCGAGUUUUUCGGUAACUCACCUCCUCGUGUUGCAUUGCCCCCCUCGCCACCACCUCCGCCGCCUCCUCCUCCUCUACCACCUUCCCCUCCGCCUCCUCCUCAACAAAACACCUGUAAGAAGGUAAUGGUGGUGGACGAAAGAAGUAGCAAUGAUGAUGAUGAUGAUUCUUCGAUUGGUAUAGAUACUGAUGAUGAUGAUAAUGUGAGUUGCAUGCCUCCGCCUCUUCCCAUUCAUAGCUUAGAUUGGGAUUUCUGGGAUCCAUUUGGCAUUCCAUCGGGUUCAAAUUCUUCCUCGCUAAUAAUGUUGAAGAAGGCUGAUGGAAUGAGCAUGCAGGGUGUAGUGGAAGAAGAGAAGUGGGCUGAGACCAUCACAGAGUUUGAAGACGAGGAAGGGGAGAAGAAAUUUGAAGGCUCUGGUGCGGAUGUGGCUUUGAUUUUAGCAAAGGAUAAGUCACCUUCAAGGGAAUUGACUGAUGACAGCUCUUCAACGGUUAGUAGGAUCACUAAAGAAACUGAUGCAGCUGUGGUGCUAUGGAGGAGCAAGAAGACAUUGACAGGGAUUGUGAAGGAGAUUGAUGAUUAUUUUUUGAAGGCUGCUGCUGGCGGUAGUGAUCUAUUAGUUCUUUUGGAAUCUAGUCAUGGCCAUAAUCUUGAAAGCAAUUUCAAGAACACUAAGGGAAGGACUUCAAAAUCUGCCAAAGUUUUGUCUUGGAAUUGGUCUCUUAAAACUCCUCAUUCAAAUAGAGGUGCUUGUGGUCAAAGUUAUUGUGAGUCAUGCAAAGCAGGUAAACAUCGCACCACACUUCAAAAGAUUUAUGCUGAAGAGGAGAAGCUUUACAAGGAAGUUAAGGAGGACGAGCUUGUCAAAAUUCAGCUGAAGAAGAUGAUCUCAUUACUUGAUAAGUUGGAGACAACUGAGAAUGACUACACAAAGUCUGAAAAAUUACGAUUAGAUGUUGAAACUUUGCAGACUCAAAUCCUUUCUCUGCAAGAAUCAAUUAAUGCGACAUGCCUGUCCAUAUCAAAAUUAAGGGAUGAAGAAUUGUAUCCUCAAUUAGUGGAGUUAACAUUUGGGUUUUUGCGCAUGUGGAGGAUUAUGUAUGAGUGCCACCAGGUUCAGAACCAUAUUUCUCAGCAGGCAAAUCUUCUCGACAACCAUCCAGGAACUGAGCCAACAACUGAUUCCCAUCGCUUUGCCACAGUUCAGCUGGAAAAUGAGGUUGCAUCUUGGCACGCUUCUUUCUGCCAUCUUCUCAAAUCUCUACGUUCCUAUGCCCAUGUUCUCAAUCAAUGGGUGAGGCUUACUGAUUGCUUGCCCUGUUGUACUAACGCUCCCAAAUCCAUAAAAGGGAUCCACUCUCUUUGUGAAGAAUGGCAGAUGGCUCUUGGUCAAUUGCCAGACAAGGUAGCUGCGGAUUCAAUAAAAAGCCUCGUCUCAGUCAUCCACUCUAUAGUUCUGCAGCAAAAUGUGGAACUUAGCCAGCAGAAGAAAUCAAAGCGACUCGAAAACAGGUUGGAAAAGGAGCUAAAUUCCAUCAACCCCGCACUAAGUACAGAUCCUGAUAACCAACCAUCAUCAAAUAAUACAAAAUUAGAAGCCCUCAAGAAGAGGGUAGAGGAAGAGAAAGCCAAGUACUUGAGCUCCAUUUGUGUCAGCAGAGCCAUGACCUUAAACAAUCUCCACGCUAGCCUGCCAAAUGUUUUCCAAGCCCUCAUGGGUUUCUCAAUUGUAUGCUUGCAAGCUCUCGACGGUAUCGUCCAAUCUGCUGAAGCGCCGACAGAAUCUUAGCAAUUUGAUUUGCUAUAUUGAGAAAGAUUUUUGGUACAAAGCUUCUGCAUGAGAAGGAUCAUCUGCUGUCUUAGGUUUCUUUUGGGAUGGAUUUUUUACUGCUUCUCUAAGUAGCUUUGGAGUACAAAAAUGUUAACAUUUGUACUAGAUAGCUAUUUUAAAAAGCAGUAAGAAAGCUGUCCCAAAUAAAACCUUAAUUUCACAAUGAAGGUUUGGCAUCUGAUUCAAUGAAAGUAUUGUUUGGUUAAAAAUAAGUAAAAUCACAUAGUUUUUGUAUGCGGGAGUUAUUAUUUUUCAGUUGUCUAUUCUAAAUGAAUUUCUAGAUCUUUAUGAUGUAUAUCAGAACACCUUGAAGAUGUUCUACUAUUUUCUGCUU